GGGCUCACAAGCUUAAAUCGCACUUUCAAUUGCAAUUGGUUGUACGGCCCGUUCUUAUUGGUCGUCGAACUCGGAAGUCUCUCACAAAAUUUCCCGUCUAUGAAUGCAGUGCAUAUUAUAACGAAGAAACAACAAGGAACAGCUUUUGCUCUCAAUCGGCGCUAGUGCCUGCUAGCUCGAUCUAUCGCUCGCCAUGCCAGGUUAUCUACGUAACUUGAAGCCAUGGCCUCCAUCACACAACAUGGUUGUGAACGGCCUUCGGGCAACCUGGAUAUUAGUCGUUCUUUGGUAUGAGGUUUGUACGUUCGACCAUGUCUUGCAUGAUUGUCAGUGGCCCGACAUCCAUCAGCUUGACGCACCAAACACUCGUAUCGCACGCGUAUUAGUGGUAGCAGACCCUCAAAUCGCUGACCACCGCUCGUAUCCUAACCGCAACUUCCUGAUGAAAGCCUUGGGCCAGUUCAUCAUUGAUCUCAACCUCCGGAGGAGUUGGCACUCGACGAUAAAUAGAAUGCAACCCCAUGCCCUUGUUUUCCUGGGUGACCUCAUGGACAACGGUCGCGCGACCAUGUCGAAUAGCGAGUACAAUGCAUAUGCUGCGCGAUUCUUCGAUAUCUUCAAUUUAAGGGAUUUGUCUAUACCGACAUUUUUUCUUCCCGGUAAUCAUGACCUAGGACUCGGAGAAGAGUUUUCCUUUUCUCUUGAAGCUGCAACGAGGUACACCUCCCAUUUUGGACCAUUGAACCACAAGACUACUAUUGGCAAUCAUACUGUUUUGUUCAUCGAUGCAGUCGGCUUGGUCGAAGAAGACGUAGUCCGCGCGGACCGAGGGUAUUCAUAUGACAACUGGCCUGCCGUAGCAGGCGGAUCCGUCGAGUUCGUGAAGCGGUUUUCAGGGCAUGAGCAUGCCAGCCCGAUUGUGCUAUUCACGCACAUCCCUCUUGCUCGACCCUUUGAUGCAGAUUGCGGUCCGCUGCGAGAACGGGGUACCAUCCGCCAGGGGCAUGGCCUUGGGUACCAGAACACCCUAUCUAAUGAAGCAUCGCAAUUCCUGCUUCGCUCGCUCGGACCAUCCCUUAUAUUCAGUGGUGAUGAUCACGACUACUGUGAAUAUUCACACCCCUUGCCUUUUCCAUCUGCUUCUGGGUCGACCGCAGCCCGAGAAAUCACAGUGAAAUCGUUUUCAAUGGCAAUGGGAAUACACCGACCAGGAUUUCAACUUCUCUCAUUGAUUUCAAGAGUCCCUGUAAUGGAGACCCUGACACAAUUGCCAAAUUCACCGCCUUCGCUUCUGGAUACACCUUGUUUCCUCCCGGACCAGCUCGGUAUCUAUCUCAAUAUCUACCUCCCUUUCAUUUUACUCUCGGCGCUUAGCCUUCUCGCAUUUAAUGCUCACCGAACUCUCGCCGGGGGCAAGACACACACACACCGCCAGCCCGGGGUUUCUCCUCGGCCCAAGCAUUCCGAACGCAGGCCCAGUCGUACAAAUAAUGAUUAUGAGUUAUAUCAACGUUCGCUCGGGCAAAGUGUCAGCGAAGAUAGUGACGAGGAUCCAAUGCUACCUCUUCCUGUGACUAAGCCUGCAGGGCCGGCGUACUCCAGCAAAUUCCGCGGCAGAUUCUCGUCUUCGUGGGUCUUCUAUCUUCCAGGGCGGCGAAGACGCAUAUCAUUGUCCCUGCCGUGCUCAAAGGCAAACCGCAGAGUGCACGAGGUAGGGCUCCUUCGCGGCUUUUUCAGUGAUAUGGUAGACGUGGCGUGGCCUCCUCUUCUGGCGUUUUGCAUUGCAGCAUGGUGUACAACGCACGUCUGA